UUUGACCUUGAAGAAGAAAGUGCUUGCUUUCUUAAAGAACAGAAGAAUGCUUCCCUCCCCAAAUUAAAUCGUAACAAAUAUAUGGUGACUGAUGGAGCUGCAUACAUUGGUAAUUUUGAUUGGGUAGGAAAUGCUUUUACGCAGAAUGCUGGAGCUGGCCUUGUUAUCAACCAAGCAGACGCGGGGAACAGCACAAGCAUCAUUAAGCAACUCAAAGCUGUUUUUGAAAGGGACUGGUAUUCACAUUAUGCCAAAAGUUUACAACCAACAAAAAUCCCAAACUGCUUUAAUCACAAACUUAAUAAAUCAGCAUCAAAUAAGACUGCCAUGAGCAAUGUGAAUUAGAAAGACUAUUCUACUGGU